AUGAAAUCGAAGAACGCGAAGGCCGCGGGGGACGGGGAGCAAGUGCAGUGCGACGAGUGCCUGCGAUGGUGCUUCCUCGACGAAACUAAGUUCCAGAAUGUAGCAGACGCGGAGGGGUCUAGCUUCACGUGGAAUUGGGCGGCUAAGUUCGACGAGCUUAAGGCAGAACUGAGGGAGGAACAGGAGAAGCAGGUAGCACUGCAGGCGAAAGUUGACAAUUUUGUCAAGGUGGAGGCGGCCCAGGCCGCGCAGUUAGUAAGGACCGUGGCCGAGCUUGAGGCAGAAAAAGAAAGGAGCGCCGAACUGGAAAGGCGGCUCGACGCGCUGGAGACGCGGGCAGCGGAGAAGGUCGAGUCAGGUCAACAAAGUGUUGGCAAAAACUCGGAAAGUAGGGUAGACCCUACAGGCGAAGUGGGAGGCAGGGAGCCAAAGCAAGCCGUCGUCAGCUCGCCGCCGGUCAAACGGCGUAGUUAUAGUGAAGCUGCACAACGCGCCCCGAGUGAGGCGACGCUGCAGUCACAGGGGCGCCAGCGGGCGCAAAGGGAGGGGCAGCAGGCACAGGCUGCAGUCGAACGGUUUGCACGUAGAAGGGUCCUGGUGAUAGGGGACUCCAAUGUGGGGAGGGCCGAACAGGGCGUGAUGGCGAGAGUGAAGGCGGACGGGCGAGUACAGGUGGAGGUGCAAGCGGGCAAGGGUAUGGCGGAAGUAAUGACCAAGGCGCGGGAAGUAGUUGGGGUCAGCACGGAGAGCGACAGCUUGGUCAUUAUGCAUUCUGGGCUCAAUGACGUGCUUAAGGGGAGAAGCCAGGACCUUGAGAGGCACAUUGAGACUGGGCUGAGUAAGCUUAGAGAGGCCUCCGGGAGGGUGCAUGUGACCAUAUGCACUAUCCCAGAGGUCCAGGGCCAGGCUUACCAGGUAGAAAGGAGGGUGGUUGAAGCCAAUCGGGUCAUUAGGAGUCUGAGCGGACGACUCGGGUACAGCGUGAUGGAGGUCAACAGGGACGUGUACGGAAUCGGCUUCCGGCCUUUUGUGCAGGAUGGUAUUCACUACAGUGGUGCCACUGGCAAAAGGAUAGGGGCCAGGAUGGGUCGCCAGGCAACAGCUUUUUUAGGGGGACCCAGAGCCCUGAAAGAAGCAGUGUAG